AUGGAGAGUUAUGAAUCUAUCAAAGCUUUCGCCCAUCGAGCCAAUACCACUCUCGCCCGUCUCGAUGUAGUCCUAGCCAACGCCGGCCUCUGGACGUCUGAGUUCAGCCUUGCAGAAGGCAAUGAGAAGACCAUCCAGGUUGAUGUCGUGGCUCAAGUUCUGCUAUUUCUUCUUCUCCUUCCCAAGUUGCGUCAGUCACCGUUCCCUGGCAAGUUUGUCAUUCCGAAUUCGGCUUUGCAUUAUGUGGCUUCAGUGAAAGAGCUUACUUCAAACGAUAAUGCUUCCAUCUUCUCUCUUCUCAACGAUUCUAAAAAGGCCAACAUGACCACUCGCUAUUACAUCGCCAAACUUUUGAUCCUCUAUGCUGUUCGCGAGCUCGCUUCACAGAUGAAGGCGUCGGGCAAGCCAGUUGUGAUCAUCAAUACGCCAAAUCCGAGUUACUGCAAGUCGGGUUUAUUGCGCGAAAUUGAAAGUGCGGCACCACCAGACUUCAUGGCGCGGACUACGGAGAUGGGCAGCCGAGCCCUCGUUCAUGGUGUGCUGGCGGGCCCUGAGAGCAACGGACAAUAUUUGACAAACUGUCAUGUACAAACGCCAGCCUCUCAUGUCACCAAUAAGAUCGGUUCUCGUAUCCAGAAAGCAUUUUUUGAUGAGCUAAUGAAGGAGCUGGAAAAGUCUCACCGGGUAUCACCGCUGUAA